UAUUUUUUUUUUUGUCUUAGAUUAAUGGUUGUAGAGAUGUCACAGCUACUAUAAAUUUACAGCGACACUACUUUUAUAGUUAUGCAAAAAUUGCUAUUAAUGCCACUGUGAAGGAAUCAGCCACUGGGGUUUCCCAAAAUGCUUCAGGGACUGAGGUAGAGGUCGACAGUUCAAGCACAAAACUGGAGUUUCUUCACACUACACCCAGAACCUUUAAACCAGGCAUGGCAUAUGUUGGACAGUUGAAAGCUACUCUGCCUGAUGGAAGCCCAAUGAAAGGAGAGUCAGUGCAUGUUAUUAUAAAGGCACGGAAGUCCGACUGGUCAUGGUAUCAUAACAAUGCAGUGACAGUCUUUCAAGAGAGGAUCACAGUCCCAGCAAAUGGACUUGUGGAUUUUGUAGUCCCUGGUUCAAACAUUAUACAGACAGCCAAAUCGCUCUCACUUGAAGCUAAAUACAAGGGUAAAUCUUUGGCAUACCAUACCGCUAAACGCUGGAACUCUCCAAGCAGCAGUUACAUUUCCAUGGAAAGAAUCAUCACUCCACUGGAGGUUGGAUCAAGUGCUAAAGUAAAGUUUGAUUUCACAACCAGCACAGCAACAAAGAACAUCAAUUUUCACUACCAAGUAUUUAGCCGUGGAAUGCUUGUGGCUCAGGGAAGGAAACUUCUUGCAGUUGAUUUUCAGCCAUCCAUGAAAACAUUCAAGAAUUCCAAGAAUGAAGAAAUGUUCACAGCCCAGGGAUUCAUUCAGUUUGCUGUCACUCAGAAGAUGGUACCUUCAUGCCGUCUCCUGCUGUUCCAUGUGCGGGAUGACCAGGAGACUGUUGCUGAUAAUAUGGUGAUAGAUGUGGAGGAUAUAUUGGAAAAUAAGGUUGAUGUACGUUUUGCUGAGAGCAUCAGAAAGCCUGGUGAACCAACAAAACUUAUCAUAACAGCAGCACCAGGGUCUCGAGUGGCUGUUACUGCUGUUGACAAAAGUGUCCAUCUCUUGAAAGAAGGAAAUGAACUGACUCAAGAUGAUGCAAUCAAUGUGCUCAGCUCUCAGGAUGUCGGACCUUCUGUAAAAUCUUGGUCAGAUUCAUGCCAUGUACCUCAUUGGUGGGGUCCAUGGUUGAGACGCAAGCGAUCAUUCAUGCCAUAUUAUGGGUCCACAAAAGACUUGGAUGCUUCCAAAGCCUUUGAGGAUACUGGUGUCAUUUAUUUUUCGGAUCUGAAGAUAAAAACUGCCAAAUGUGAGAUUCCUAAGCCUCGACGACCAUACUUCACUUUAGCAUGGCGGCGGACUUCUGCGAGUGGCAUUGUUGGUCCAGGGCCUCUUGCUAUCCGGCUGUCUGCCCCUAAAACUCCAAAAAGAGCCUUUAGGAGGAAGACUAAAAGUCAGCAACCUAAGAAAAAGUCUGUGUAUGUCCGUAAGGAGUUUCCUGAGACGUGGCUAUGGACAGAGGAAAUGGUCAACGAAGACACAGGCAAGACAACGAUUAUGGCUAAGGUUCCCGACACUAUCACCAGCUGGAUUGCAAGUGCUUUUGCUAUGUCUGAGGCAUCUGGGCUUGGUGUCUCAAAACCUACUUCACUCAAAGUGUUCCAACCAUUUUUUGUCUCCCUUACGCUCCCUUACUCGGUGAUCCGUGGCGAGGAAGUGUCCAUUAUAACCACUGUCUUCAACUACGAGAAAAAGUGUCUUACAAUUCGCUUGGACCUGCAAGAAUCACUAUACUACAGAAUACUUUCAAACUCUUCUCAGUCAGUUUGCGUGUGCAGCAAUGAAGCCAUGUCUGUUCGUUUUAACAUUGUUCCCAAGAAGUUGCGUGAAAUUCCUCUGACAGUUAUUGCCAAAGAUGUUAACUCCUCAGUGUGCGAUGAAGGCGUGGAACAGAUGGUUCUUGGAGUCACUGAUGCUGUGACGAGGAAGUUACUUGUUGAGCCUGAAGGAGUUCGACAGGAGUAUACAUACAACACCUUUGUAUGCCUAAAAGAUGACGAAUCACAGUUUAAUGACACCAUGGACAUCUCUUUGCCUAAGAACGUUGUUGCUGGCUCUGUUCAUGCAGUGGUGUCAACUGUUGGGGAUCUAAUGGGACCAACCUUGAAUGUUGGAAGCCUGUUGAGGCUUCCUUAUGGCUGUGGUGAGCAAAACAUGGUGAACUUUGCUCCUGGUAUUUACAUCACGCAGUACUUGUCAGCUGUUGGGCAACUAACCACAUCUGUGAAAAACAAAGCCGAAAACAUCAUGUCAACAGGAUACCAAAGAGAGUUAACCUACAAACGAACUGACGGAUCCUACAGCGCUUUUGGAAACAGAGAUAGUGAAGGAAACAUGUGGUUAACAGCGUUCGUGCUACGCUCAUUUGCUCAAGCACGUCCUUUUAUCUUCGUUGAUCCAGGGGAACUAAAGACGAUACAAAAUUGGAUAACCAAAAAACAACUUCCAAAUGGCUGCAUUCCCAAGUAUGGAAAACUUUUUAACAAGCGCAUGAAGGGUGGUGUAUCAACCGAAGCCACUCUUACAGCAUUUGUUGCAGUGUCUCUCAUGGAAUCUGGAAUGUCACCUCAGGACAAGGUGAUCCAAAAUGCGUUGAACUGCUUAAGGACUGCAUCUUCAAAGCUGACUGACUCAUACAGCUUAACACUGUUUAGUUACACUUUCACGUUAGCUGGUGAUCAACAGUCCUCGGAUUUAUUCAAAGCACUUCAAGGCAAAGCCAUCAAAGAAGAUGGAUUAGUGCAUUGGGAGAAGGAGAAGGAGACGAAACCCACACCUAGCGAAUAUACCUGGUGGAAUCCAUACUACCGUGCACCAGCUGCUGACAUUGAAAUGACUGCAUACGCUCUGAUGACGUACGUCCUACUGGCACAAGACGAUGUGUCGCUGAUUGGCGAGGCGAUGCCGAUUGUCAGGUGGCUUACUAAACAGAGAAAUGCUCUGGGGGGAUUUUCCUCAACACAGGACACAUGCGUAGCCUUACAAGCCCUGAGCAAGUAUGCAAAGGAAGUGUAUUCCAACACCACAGACCUUACAGUUCAGUUUGGAGAAGGAAAUAGCCAGUUCAGCCACACGUUCAGCAUCACACAGAACAACAGACUGGUGCAACAGACAGCCCAGGUCCCUUCAGAUAUUCUGCCAAUGAAGGAUAUGCCCGUGAAGGUUGCCGGACAGGGCUGUGCUCUCAUGCAGGCUGACGUGUCAUACAACAUCCCGGAUGUUAAGGAGGAACCAGCGUUUGAUCUGAAAGUGAGUUUGAAACGAUCCGACGAUGUCUUUGGACCCAUUCUUGCAACAGAAACUGGCGAACCUUUGUGUCUACCUUUGGAAGUCUCCAUCAAUGCCAAGUGGCUGAGGGAAGAUUCGUCCAACAUGGCGGUUAUUGAUGUGAAACUUGUCUCAGGAUAUCAGGUUGACGAGGAGAGUUUAGAUAGGCUUUCGAACAGUCCUAAACUUGGCUUGAAGCGAUAUGAGAUUGAGGGCCAACAUGUGAUCUUAUACUUUGACGAGAUUGACAAAGUUAGGUUCUCGUUCAAAAUUUACCAGUCGACCAUGGUGAAGAAAACCAAACCAGCAUCCGUCACGGUUUAUGAUUAUUAUGAACCCCAUCUUUCCGCCACAGUGAUGUACAAAAUUACUGAGGACAUGUGUAGAGAGGAUGGCAUUGAUGAACAACCUUGAAUUCAGACGAGACGGCCAGACCUCCUUCGUUACUGCAAUGCCCGAAGCUGGCAAUUGGAUUUCGACCCGUUAACGGAUUUACUUCAUAAUCAAAUUGUUAUUAUUUUUGUAUUGGUUUGAGGUAGCACUGUAGAAAGAGGAUUUUAAAAGCUAGACAUGUGAGAAGAUUUUACGCUAUGAAAACAUUUUUCUUAGUCAGUGAUUAUAUCUUAAUGUUUUCGCUAUAUUAAGAACAAGCGAUCUUGUGAUUGACAAACAAAUUCUUAAGCAUUAUAGAUCUAUAUUUGGUGUAGUCAAAAAGCAAAAUAAAUUUUAAGCUUAAAUUGCU